AGCGCCGCCGCCGCCGCACCCCGGGGCUCGCCAUGCUCCUGGCCUCGGCCGUGGUGGUCUGGGAAUGGCUGAACGAGCACGGCCGCUGGCGUCCCUACAGCCCGGCCGUGAGCCACCACAUCGAGGCGGUGGUCCGCGCCGGGCCCCGCGCGGGGGGCAGCGUGGUGCUGGGCCAGGUGGACAGCCGUCUCGCGCCCUACAUCAUCGACCUGCAGUCCAUGAACCAGUUCCGCCAGGACACGGGGACGCUCCGCCCGGUUCGCCGCAACUACUACGAUCCGUCCUCUGCCCCCGGCAAGGGCGUGGUGUGGGAGUGGGAGAAUGACAACGGUUCUUGGACGCCCUAUGACAUGGAAGUGGGCAUCACCAUCCAGCACGCCUAUGAGAAGCAGCACCCCUGGAUCGACCUCACUUCCAUCGGCUUUAGCUACGUCAUUGACUUCAGCACCAUGGGCCAGAUCAACCGGCAGACCCAGCGCCAACGCCGCGUCCGUCGGCGCCUGGAUCUCAUCUACCCGAUGGUCACCGGCACCUUGCCGAAGGCCCAGUCCUGGCCCGCCAGCCCCGUGUCGGCCGCCUCGCCCGCGGCCCCGCCCUGCUCCUGCCCGCAGUGCGUCCUGGUGAUGAGCGUCAAGGCCGCCGUGGCCAAUGGGAGCACCGGUCCGCUGCAGCCCCCAGCCGCCCGCAAGAACAUGCUCCCAUCUGGAGCCGUCAAGCUGCCCCCACCACCGGGCCCUGGGGCCAAGCCACUGGACAGCACGGGCACCGUCCGAGGCCCGAUGAAGACUGUCCCAUCGCAGGCGAUCCGGCGACAGGCCUCCAGCACGCCCGCAGGGGUGACCGUGGGUUCUCCCGCCAGUCCCCCCGGAGCCAACGCCAAGACCGGAAGGGUGGCCCUGGCGACCUUAAAUCGGACCAACCUGCAGCGACUGGCCAUUGCCCAGUCCCGGGUGCUGAUCGCCUCUGGGGUCCCCACCGUCCCGGUGAAAAACCUAAAUGGGACCAGUCCUGUGAACCCUGCCUUGGCAGGAAUCACUGGGAUUCUCAUGAGCGCUGCGGGGCUGCCUGUGUGUCUCACCAGGCCCCCGAAGCUGGUCCUCCACCCACCCCCGGUGAGCAAGAGUGAAAUCAAAUCCAUCCCAGGGGUUUCCAACACGAGCCGCAAGACGACCAAAAAGCAAGCCAAGAAAGGUAAAACCCCGGAAGAAGUGUUGAAGAAGUACUUGCAGAAAGUCCGGUAUCCCCCCGAUGAGGACUGCACCAUCUGCAUGGAGCGCCUCACAGCCCCCUCAGGCUACAAGGGCCUACAGCCAACGGUCAAGCCUGAGCUGGUGGGCAAGCUGUCCAGAUGCGGCCAUAUCUACCACAUCUACUGCCUGGUCGCCAUGUACAACAAUGGCAACAAGGAUGGGAGUCUGCAGUGCCCAACCUGUAAGACCAUCUAUGGAGUGAAGACAGGCACUCAGCCCCCGGGGAAGAUGGAGUACCACCUCAUCCCUCACUCCCUGCCCGGCCACCCCGACUGCAAGACCAUCCGGAUCAUCUACAGCAUUCCUCCCGGCAUUCAGGGGCCAGAACACCCAAAUCCCGGGAAGAGUUUCAGCGCCCGUGGCUUCCCACGACACUGCUACCUUCCAGACAGCGAGAAAGGGAGAAAAGUGCUGAAGCUGCUGCUUGUGGCCUGGGAUCGCCGCCUCAUCUUUGCCAUUGGUACCUCCAGCACCACGGGCGAGUCAGACACCGUGAUCUGGAAUGAGGUCCACCACAAGACAGAGUUUGGCUCUAAUCUCACAGGUCACGGCUACCCGGAUGCCAAUUACCUGGAUAACGUGUUGGCUGAACUGGCUGCCCAGGGCAUUUCUGAGGACAGCACUGCUCAGGAGAAGGACUGAGCUGGGGUAGGGUUGGGGGGUCUAUGGGCUAGGAGGGGCCAUGGGGACCACAGGGCAGGAAGUGGGAGAGUCAAGGUGGAAGUUGAUGCCAUGCCCUCCCGACUCCUUCAUCUCCCCUUCUGUCCUGUCCCCAUCCCCCAUCCCUCCCGGCCACAGUGGGGGAGGGAGAUUGAGUAAGGUGACGUCAUUCAUAACCCUCAUCCACCACAAAGGAAACAGGGGAUGAGGGCUGUCCUCGGUCUGUCCCCAUGGAGUUUUCGGUGCUGGGUAGGCAAGAACCCCCCACCCCCCUAAGCAGGGGGCAUGGUCAGCACACUUAGGGUAUGGACAGUGCAAGGGCACUCCAUACCCUGGCCUUGUGAAGCCUGAGGUUCAGUACCUUAGUUGGCUUCUUGCUGCUUCCACUCUCCUUUGAGAGCGGAGUUUCUGCUUUUCUCUCCUCCUCUGGAGGCGAGGAGCUCUCACUGUGCAAGAUUGGGGGGAAAGGGGUGAACCGCUAAACUGCUGUGACAUCAGAAAUCAAUGCCUCAUUGUAUAGCAAGGAAGCACUUCCCGCCAUGAGGGUCAGGGAAGCAAAGGUUUCUGGGAGCACAUUCAGCUCUCAUCAUAGUCCCUGGCUUCUCUGAGCCCUCCCUCCUCACGUUUUUGACCUGUCCAAAGAGGCAUCUGGUUCUCUUGUGUGGAUGGAUGGACUCUGGGAUUCCUCUCUGGGGUGGCAUCCCGUGAUGUUUCCAGCCCCUCUCUGAUCAGACCAGAGUCUGCAUCCCACUUAGCAUCUGAACCGUCCUCAGGGAGAGGAGCCCAUAGCCUUCUUCCCAACUCAUCCCAGACCAGCUCAAAGAUUCCAUGAGUUUCAUCAAGUCACUGUGAGUAGAGCCCAUGUUGGGCUCUGUGCCAUCUGUGUAUGUGCAUAUCUGUGUGUGUGCGUGUGUGCACCACUGGGCCAGGUUGGUGGACAGUACCAUCCUGUUCUCCCAUCCUUUUUGCAAACUGUCAAACUCCAGUUCUGAUGGGGUCAAACAAUCAGGCUGUGGUUCCUUAACCUUCCUCAACUUUGGCAACCCAUCCCAUAGUAAACUUGGACCCAGAUGGUAACGAUCAUGCAUCUUACCAGAUGCCCCAGGGAACUGUGCUUGGGGAGACGUGUAAGGUGAGGGCUGGACUGACCCCUUUUUAUAUCUCUUUCAAGAUUGGAUCUAACCAAUUCACCCAGUCUUGUGUCUAUGAGGGCUUUGAUCUGUCUCCAUGCACAUUUGCUAAUCAGAGCCCCGAGGUGGUGCUGGACCCCCUCAUCUAUCACAGAUUGAGCUGGAGCAUGGAGGGAGACUUUUCAGCUCAUUCCUAACAGGGCUGGGACCAUAUCGUGGUCCAGUCCAAACUGCGUUUGGGUUGUGUCCCAAGACUCUUGUCUAUACCCUCUCCAGCAUUCCUCUUGCUUUCCACUUCCCUUAAGGAAUGAAUUGGGGGUCAGGGAGGAGAGAAGGGGGAUCAAGAAGGGAAACCCAAAUCUCCCUUAGAAAGUGGGUUCUUUGAACUAUGUGUUAGGGGGAAGUUCCUCUGGAUACUAAUUUGAAUUUAUAUACCUCAUGUUUUGGGGGUUUGACGUAUAUAUAUCCAUAUAUAUUUCAUAAUAUUUGGAAGGUUUUUGAUGCUAGAAAAAUGAAACAAAAGAACCUUCAGAAAUGGUACUUAAGUUAGAACCCGAAGCCAGGCUUUCCUGCGAACUGGCUCCGUAGCUGCUUGCUGUUCGCCUGCAGCCGUUUUCACAUUGAUGGGACCAGUGGAUUCACCUGAGAGUCACCCAGUUCCUUGGGACUUACUGGCGCUGAGCCUUUCUUCAUUCUCCAGAUGGCUAUCAGGAUGCUAACUGGCUCCAGCAGAGGGAGCUCUGACAGGAGGAACUGUUCCCGACACCCUCGGUCCGGUUUCUCCCGUCGGCCGCCUGCCGUCUUAUCUUACCAGUGGACCAGGACAUAGGGCCUGAGUUCACGGCUCCACAGGGCACAGUUUCCUACCACAGUCAGGAGGAAACAUCUGAACUCAGCGGAAGGGACCUUGCGGCGGUGUUUAAUAUCACAUCCACCCCCUGCCCUUUGCCAGGCUACGGUGUACCAGAGAUGGUGGAAGAGCCUCACUGGAGACCUAGUCCCAUCCCUGCCUUCAGCGGGAGACCCGGGUCAGGGGUCUGCCCUGCCGAGCUUCUCACCCACGGGGCUGAGGAAAGGGGUUGAGGGUCAGUGGGUAGAAAUACACAGCUGUGGAGUAGGUGGGGAGAGGAAGAAAAUACACCCUGACCACUGGCAAAGGGCAGCCGGGACAGGCUGGUUUCCCUGCAGUAGGCAGAAGAAGGGACGGGUGGGGAAGGGGACAGCUGAAUGAAGAAGGGAGAGGACUCUGAGAAUGAGAGGACUCUCAGGCAGGUAGGGUGCCAGGGGCAAUUCCUCUUUCAAGAUAAGUCUUUGUACCUUCAAGACUUGCCCCUUAGGAUGCUGACGAUGUCUGCGCCCUGGUUCUCUUCCUCCCUGGGGUGCUCUGUGGGCAUGAUCUCACCCUCAUGCCGCUCCUCUUGGGGGCUUUCUAGGCAGAAGGGGUCUUGACUCUCCUUUCUAACACUGUGCCAGGCAAGGUGUGGACAGGGUGUCCCUUUGCCCUUUCUCUGUGCCGGCCCGGAAAGGCAUAGUCUCGGGCUCAGUGAGAACCCUGCCAGCAGGGGUCCUGAGCACCCACCCCUCCGACACAGGAUGUUUUCCCACCAUGGCUGUUCCUGCUGUGUCUCCUGGCCCAUGAGGGGAAUCCCAUGCCUUUCCUUUCAUGCACCAGCAGCCUACUUUGUCCCCUCCUGAGUCUGCAGGGAUGACAAAUGGGAUUGCAGACAAACUCUGUCAGAUGCCCAUCCCUUAAAGGUUACUUGUGUAUAUGUGGUUGUGUGUGCCUUUGUGUUUCAUACCCUUUCCCCCACCUUUUUUGUAAAACUUGGACUUCUCUGUGGUUUUACACUUGGUCAAAAGUACUCGUCCUGGUAUUGCACUGUUGUGUGCAUGAGAGGGUAGGGGGCAGGCCCCGUGUGGUAUAAGAAAGGGCCCUGUCCCCUUUUCUUGUCUGUGGUCACUGGCAAUUGAGUGGGGGGUUUUCUGGGAGAGGGAAGGUGAAUGUCCUAACCUAAAUCUUCGUAACUGGUGUUUUGAAGUCCUUGGUGUUGCUCUGUGAGAGGACAUCGCCACCUGGUGCUCAUGAGGUGUAUGUGCAGAACAAUAAAUGGCAAGUGAACAAACCACAAA